CCAUUCAUUUCUCUCCGUUCGUUCACAGUGCGACACCACAAAUCGCUCCUUCAGAAAGAGUGUGUGGAAGAAAAAAGAAUAGAAUAUUUUUAUCAUUUCAAAUUUCAUUUCCUCAGUUGUCACAAUGAACGUAUAUCAAGCAGGAAAAUUAACGAUGAAAAUUGUGGAGAGAAAAGUACGUCGUUAUGUAUAGAUCCAGUUCCUUGCCUGAUUAAUUUUGGCAACGUAUCGUAUUUAGGAGAAACAGAGCGUAACACAACGAGAAGGAGAAGAAUACAAUGAUCUUUAGGGGCGGGAUUCUGUUACAUGUACUACUCAUCGAUGAUUUGAUGCAGUGAAACAAAUUUCUUCCAUUUACUCUUUUUGAUAAUCUUUUGAAAACGUAAUCGAUUUUAAAGAGUUUUUUUUUUUUUUUUUCCAAACAACCUAACCAAACUUGACUCUGCAAAAAGCUUCUUUUUUUUUUUUUUAAACCCUGUUCAUGAUUUUUGCUUUCGGGAGGUUCCAUCUCAAGCAUGGAAUGAGCGAAGAUAAACUUGAGAAAGACGGAAAUCAACAGUGUUCACUUACUUUUUCACGUUCUCAUACAACCAAAAGCUGUAUAGGAGGGACUGUUACAUAUAUUGUCCACUCUCGUCAUUUCACCUAACCCUCUCUCUCUCUGCUUCAAAAAAAAUCUGCUUUUUGAAUCAUAGUCAUAGAUACAAAAGCAAGAUCCCAAAACGUUUCCCCGAAUAAAUAAAAUAUUCAUUUCCUUUUUAAUCCCAUAUUCUCUCGUUGGUUUCCUCGUACGAAGAAGAUCCAUCUGGUGCCCCUUCCAAGUUUUUAGGGUUUUAUCAGUUCCUGUCACUGGAAAAUGACGAAUCCAGCGAUUCCCACUUGUAAUCCCGACGGGUCAGACGAGCGGCUCUUGCCGGAAUCUGGAAACAAAGAGGGGUCCUGGCGCUUAAACUUCGAUGGCUAUCAGCUGUCCCCUGAGAACAAAGAAAAGCCGUCUCGUGGCCUUCAAGACUGCCUUGGCGUUCGAGGCCCAGAAGAUGUUGUGGCUGAAUAUUACCAACAACAGGUAGAGAUGCUAGAGGGGUUCAAUGAAAUGGAUGCCAUAGCAGAGCGUGGUUUUCUUCCUGGAAUGUCAAAGGAAGAGCGGGACAGGAUGGCUAGAAGUGAAACACUUGCCAUCAGAAUAUCGAAUAUUGCAAAUAUGGCUCUUUUUGCUGCUAAAGUUUAUGCAUCCAUUAGGAGUGGUUCAUUGGCGAUCAUAGCAUCCACGUUAGACUCGCUUCUUGAUCUUUUGUCAGGUUUCAUUCUGUGGUUUACGGCAUUCUCUAUGCAGACACCAAACCCAUACCGGUACCCAAUUGGAAAGAAGCGGAUGCAGCCAUUGGGAAUCCUUGUUUUUGCUUCUGUCAUGGCUACACUAGGUCUGCAGAUAAUCUUGGAGUCAUUGCGCACACUAGUCUCUGAUGAGGAUGAAUUCUACUUGACCAAGGAGCAAGAACGAUGGGUGAUUGUCAUUAUGCUUUCAGUAACAUUUGUAAAGCUCUUUCUGGUUUUCUAUUGCCGCUCUUUUACCAACGAGAUCGUCAAAGCUUACGCUCAGGAUCACUUUUUUGAUGUCAUCACAAAUGUCAUUGGGCUGGUUGCUGCGCUUCUUGCAAAUUACAUUAAUGACUGGUUGGAUCCUGUUGGAGCUAUCAUUUUAGCCCUGUACACCAUUCGCACAUGGUCCAUGACAGUGCUGGAAAACGUGAACUCCCUAGUAGGCAGGUCAGCAACACCAGAAUAUCUACAGAAAUUGACAUAUCUUUGCUGGAACCACCACAAGGCCAUAAGACACAUCGACACAGUGCGAGCCUACACCUUUGGCUCACAUUACUUUGUUGAGGUUGACAUUGUAUUGCCAUCAGAAAUGCCAUUGCAGGAGGCACAUGACAUUGGGGAGUCGUUGCAGGAAAAGCUGGAGCUCCUGCCCGAGAUUGAACGUGCCUUUGUUCAUCUUGACUAUGAGUUCACCCACAAGCCUGAACAUGCGCAGACACACUCUUAACUCUUAAAUGAUUCUGUCUCUGUGUUCUUGUAUGAUCAAGCCCUCGUUUUGUGUUUUGCUUUGCACGAAUUGUUUCUGAACCAUGAUUCUGUCUAAACACUAUAUAGCUGUAUAUAGCAAGGGAAUUAGCAUUAGCUUCAAGAUUGGCCUGGGCUUAUGCUCAUGGCCGCAGAAGGCCAUUCUCACUAUGGCGCAAUUGCAAGAUCAACAGAGUUGUGUGUCCUGAUUUCCCUCUUCCUUUAUUAUUUAUAAGCAUUCGGGAGCUCUAAUUUUUAGUGAAACACUUGGAAUUGAAAUGGGUAUUCACUUA